AAAUCAAAAAUAAUAGAAUGAAAUUAUUUUAUUUAUUAAUAACAGUAAUAUAAUGUAUAAAAAAAUAUGGAAAAACUUAAGACAAGUUGAUGAUACAUUUGAACUUGAACCAGAGACAAUUAAAAGAACACAAUGUUUUUUAAGAGUUAAUUUUACACACACUGCAUUUAAUUGUAAUGAAGAAUGUUGUGUUGCAACUGAUACAGCAGGAUAUUUAUAUUAUAUCGACUUAAUAAAUAGUUGUCCUUCUUAUCAGAAAUUGGGAAAUAUUGGAAAAACUACUUUUAUAGGAUUUAAUCCUAUCAAUAACUCUGAAAUACUAGUUGGCCUGACCACGGGUGAUAUUAAAAUUUUAAGAGUAAAUGUAAAUGUUUCCCAGCAUUGUUUAUUGAUUGCACAUAAGUUACCACCUAUACAUGUUUCCUUUUAUAAGAAGUAUUGCUUAACUUCUUCACAAAAAGAAGUUAUAAUAUGGUGUUUACAUUCUUGUACUAAGGCUCAACAAUUAAAAAUUAAUAUAAAAAAUGUUGUGUUAAAAAAAGCCAGUUUCUCAAAUUUAGGACACAUUGUUGUGCUGUAUCAUAAUGAUACAUUACAAGUUUGGAACUUUAAUCAAUUGGAAAAUGAUACUAAAAUUGAUGCAAAAAUAUAUGGAAUACGGAACAUUAGAGAUUUUAUUUUCACACAGAAUGGAAGAGCAAUGAUCAUAACUAGUGCUCAGAAUAAAAUCACUAUUCUGAAUACAUGUAACUGGAAUUUAAUGAAAACUUUGAAAUUGCCAGAGAACUUUAUUAAUAUGAAGCAUAUGUCAAUUGUACCUCACCCCUUAGAUGGUGGAGCAAAUAACAUAGUAACAUGUCUCUCCUCAAGUUUUGAUCUUUAUUUCUUUGAUCUAAAUCAAUCUUGUAUAAUAGAAACUUUGCAUCCUAUUAAACCCAUUAAAAAAAUUGUAGUUUCUCCAACUGGUAGAUACAUAGCAUAUAUAGAAAAAGAAGGACAUUUAAAAUUAACAGUUACUGAAAAAUUAUUUGCAGAAAAGUGUGAAUCCUUACAAAAAUUGAAAGAACCAUGUAGACCAGUUGCACAUAAAGCAGAUGAUCAUUUAUUAUGGGUUAGAGAAAACAUAAAAGAAGAACUACGUUUAGAAAGACUAAUGCUCAUUUUGAAAGAAUUUGGAGAAUAUCCUGAAAAAUACCGUGUAUUAAUAUGGUCAACUAUUUUGGAACUACCAGCUAAUAAAAAUGCAUAUAAUAAUCUAGCUAAUAAGGCUGCAAAUUCGAAUUUUAUAUCAGAAUUUUUGAAGAACUAUCCAUUAGCUGAUAAAAGUAAAAAGAUAUUACUAAUCACAACAAUAAAUUGCUUAAUACAGUGGUGUCCUUUAUUAGUACAGUGUUCAUUUCUACCAAACUUAGUUUUUCCAUUUCUUAUGGUUUUUCAGAAAGAUCUUCUACUUGGUUUUGAACUCAUUCUUGGUGUGUUACUAAAUUAUUGUCAAAAAUGGUUUGAGUAUCAUCCUUUACCACCUUUAAAUGUACUGGGUAUAAUAGAAAAUAUUCUUUUGCAUACAAAUCCAGGUUUAAUAAAUAUUUUUUGUGAACGAGGAAUAACAUCUACUGAUUAUGCAUGGCCACUUUUGAAGACUGCAAUGAGCGAAGUUUUAUCUGGUUCUGAAUGGUUAAUUUUAUUGGAUCAUUUAAUAUCAUUUAAAAAGCCUUCGCUUUUCUUAUUCAGCGUUGCUGCAUACAGUAUCUGUUCUCACGAACUGAUACUUUCGUCAUUACACACACAAGAAAAUGUUAGGCGAUAUUUUACUAGUCAGGGUCACAUUACAGCCAAAGAAUUGAUAAAUGUUGCUCAGCAACUUGAUAAAAUUGUACCAUCAAGAAUUCAUCCCAGUUACUAUCUUAAAGACGAAAUAAUUACAUUAUCUUCCAAAGGACCAUAUCAACCAUUUAUACAUGAUUUCCCGAAAUUUUUAACUGACGACCUUUCUAUUGCUGAAUUGGAAAAAUUGAAAGAAAAAGAGCGAAUCGAGCGUGAGCGUGAUCGCAAAGAAAUGGAAACUGCAGAGGAAAACCGAUUAAAACAUGAAACAAAAGCUUUUAUGAAUCAAAUUCAUCAAAUGAGAUUAAAAGAAGCAGAAAAAUGUACCAGAGAACAGUUGUCUGAUAUAAUCUGGAGAACAGAGGGACAUCAUUCAAAAGCACAAGGACCAGUGGACACUUGUCUUUGUGGUCAUUUAAAUGAUGUUCCAGAUUUAGAUCUAGACACUGCAGAUGAUGAAGAUAAAGAAGACAAAGCAAAACACUAUGAGCAAUUGCAGCAAAAUGUAAACAAAUUAGAAUAUGAAGUACAAAGUUUUUUAAACUCAUUAAGAUCUCAAAAAUCAAGGAUAAAGAGUACCUGAUACAUUUUGUAGUUAUUUUAAGUGGAAUGAUACGUUUUAUAUCUUAUUUAUGAAAAUUAAAUUUUUUUAUCUAACAAAUAUCAUGGCAUGCGGUAUGAUAAUGUUUAAAGUAUAAUAAAAAUAUUAAUGAAAACUACAAUCUGUAUAAUUUUAUUAUA